AUGGGCACUCAUCAUUCUAAAUUAUCAUUAAAUAAUCCUCUAUUGAGUUCCCUUUUUGGUUCAUUCAAAGGAUUUCCACCAAUGUAUAUUAAUGUAGGUACAGCUGAAAUCUUCGAAGAUGAUUCAAUAAGUGUUGUAAAAAGAGCACAAGAAGCAGGUGUUCAUGUAACCUUUGAAGAAGGUUUACAUUUGGUGCAUUGUUAUCCAAUAUUUUUUCAUUACUUUUCCGAAGCACGAAAUACACUUGAUAAUAUGAACAAAUGGAUUCAAACUAUCUUUCAUGCAAAACACAACGAAUAA